GAAGCCCAGCAAAUACUUCAUAAGUUGAUAUUACUAUCAAGAUUUAUCGGCCCAAAUAAUCUUUGUACCCGAUCACAAUUUGUCUGAAUUUGAUGAUCCAAAGCAACUUCUUCCUCAUUUACUCCCCUUUCUCUCUCCUCUGCGGAAAAAUUGAUCUUCGAUUUUGAUUAAAAAUGGCGAAUAUGAGAUUUUCUUGGUUGAUUAUCGCUCCAAUCUUCCUUCAUUUCUUUACCCAGAAAAUUUCAGCUGAAUCAGUGAUCACAGCUCAAGUAGGUGGCUCAUCUACUCACAGGUCACGUGAACCGAAAUACAAGAUUGAGUUCCAUUCAGAAGACUUGCCAUAUAUUCCUGGUGACGACCAAGAGUCUGUUUUCAUGCCAAAUGAUGAUGGGAAGAAUUAUUUGUGCUUUCUACCCAAAGUUGAGAAACCUAAGAGUGGAAAGCCAGUCAGCCAAUAUAACACCACUGGCAUGAUUAUGGAAAGUGAGAAACGGAUGAAGGUCAAGACACCGGAUGAGCUACUUGAAGUUCUCGAUGAACACUGUCUUCUUAGGCAAGAUGGUUGGUGGACAUAUGAAUUUUGUUUUAAGAAAACAUUGCGGCAGCUCCAUCUGGAAGAUGAGAAGAUAGCUCAGGAGUUUGUGCUGGGAGUAUAUGAUCCUGAAGCUACAGAUGCUUACCAUCAGAAUCAAUCUGAUAUUUCUAUAUUGAAAGAUCCACAUUCUAAAGAUGCUUCUCAAAGGUAUCAUGCUCAUCAAUACACUAAUGGAACAGUCUGUGACCUUACGAAUCAGCAUCGAGAGACAGAGGUUCGAUUUGUGUGUUCAGAGGGCAAAACUACUAUUACCUCCAUUACAGAGCUAUCUACCUGUAAAUAUGCACUUACAGUUCAAACUCCUAUGCUUUGUGCACACCCGCUUUUUCAUGAAGAACGGCCAGUUUGGCAUGCCAUUCAUUGCAACUUGCUUACCAAGGAUGCUAAUGAAGUGAAAGUAGAAGAUAUUAAGCAUGGAAACAAAAUCAAUCUGGUCUCGGACAUCGAAUAUCCAUUCAACAUUGGUGUUGAAGAAUCGGCAGUAUAAUUUUUUGAAAUUUGUUUUUGCAAUGUUUCUACCCAAACAAGUACAGAGUAAACACGGGCGACAGGGAGAAAAACUGGAAGGAGAGAAAAAAAAAGACUACUGACAGUGCCCAAUGUAGAUUACUGUAAUUUUGUAGAUUCCCCCCUUCUCCAAGUUAGUUCUCGUUACUUGCGCAAAAGGAAAUACUUGUGACAGAUUAUAUAAACUUCAAAUCUUCAAUCAAUAUACGUUAAUGAAUUUGC